AUGGGGAAGCAACCUAGGGACGAACCCGAGGGAAGCGAGGAUCUUAGGAUGGCGUGGGGUCUUCCAAAACUACCAGGACUAACAUUCUCAGAUCCAACUAAAACCCAGCAUCAUAUUCGCAGUUCAUUAAAAUAUUACCAGGGACACAGGAUCCCAGAUACAUAUAUACGAGGUCCUGGCGGUACUGCUACUGAUGUGGACAGCAACGCUUUUGCUCUACCCGAAGACUCGAUUAAUUAUGACCCAUCUUUGACCUAUGGACGAGUAAAGCAGCCAGCCCUACCUCCGGUUAUACCUCAUUGGGUACAUUAUGACAAGCGAUGCCUAAAUUUUACGGCUUUCUUCAAGCAGCCAGUUUAUGAGAAUCCCGAUGAAAAUUAUCGAGUACGUGUUGUCAACAUCGUUUACUUUCUAGAAGAUGAUACGAUGACAGUAAUGGAACCACGGGUGAAGAACUCAGGCCUUUGGCAAGGGAGACUAGUGAAGCGAGGGAAGAUACCCAAGAAUGAUCUCGGCGAAUCUUGGCAUUGGAAGGAUUUAGAUAUCGGCAAGGACAUUUGCAUCUAUGGCAAAGUGUUUCACACGGUCUCGUGCGAUCUUUUUACUAAGGUAGGUGAC